AACUUCUAAAGUGGAAUGGUUGGGGAUAUAAUGACUCCAAAUUCAUAUUUAAUAAGAAGGGUCAAGCAGAAUUCACAGGAAGAAGGUACAGAUUAGGUGGUAUGGUAUUACCAACUUUUAAGGAAUGGAUAGAAAAAACCUUUGGAGCAAGUCUGGAGCACAAAUCUACCUCUAGAGCAACCUUAAAUGUUAAUGAUGUACCUCCACCCAUUGUAAAUGAAGAAUUCAUUCAGGAUCUUAGAGCCACUAAAAUCUCAUAUUCACAGGAUGCAGAAGAUAGGGUAUUCAGAGCUCAUGGUCACUGCCUACAUGAGAUAUUUGCACUCAGGGAAGGAAUUUUUAAGCGAAUUCCUGAUAUAGUUGUCUGGCCUGUUUGCCACGAAGAUGUAGUUAAAAUUGUGGAGUUAGCCUGUAAGCACAGUCUCUGCAUAAUACCAUUUGGUGGAGGAACAAGCGUCUCUAGUGCUCUUGAAUGUCCUGAGGAAGAGAAAAGAACAAUUGUUUCCUUGGACACAUCACAAAUGAAUCGGAUUCUCUGGAUAGAUGAGAAAAACUUAACAGCUUGUGUAGAAGCUGGCAUUAUUGGACAAGACUUGGAAAAACAGCUUGCUGAAAGUGGCUUCUGUACAGGCCAUGAACCAGAUUCCAUGGAAUUCAGUUCCCUUGGAGGAUGGGUAGCAACACGAGCAUCAGGCAUGAAAAAAAACAUCUAUGGAAACAUUGAAGAUCUGGUGAUUCAUAUAAAAAUGGUAACUCCUAGAGGAGUUGUAGAAAAAAACUGUCAAGUACCUCGCAUGUCAACAGGACCUGACAUCCAUCACUUCAUUAUGGGAUCUGAAGGAACUCUUGGCGUGGUUACUGAAGUUACAAUAAAGAUUCGCCCAGUCCCCGAGUACCAGAAGUAUGGCUCUGUGGUCUUCCCCAACUUUGAAAGAGGGGUGGCCUGCUUAAGGGAAGUGGCAAAGCAGAGAUGUGCUCCUGCAUCAAUUCGCCUUGUGGACAAUGCACAGUUUCAGUUUGGUCAUGCUCUUAAACCACAAGUUGCUUCCAUUUUUACAUCGUUUUUGGAUGGACUGAAAAAAUUCUACAUCACAAAGUUUAAAGGAUUUGAUCCUAACGUAUUGUGUGUAGCUACCUUACUCUUUGAGGGUGACAGAGAGAAGGUUCUUCAGCAUGAAAAGCAAGUCUAUGAUAUUGCCACAAAGUUUGGUGGCUUGGCAGCUGGAGAAGAUAAUGGACAAAGAGGUUAUAUGCUGACAUUUGUUAUUGCUUACCUUCGGGACCUGGGCCUGGAUUACUAUAUAAUAGGAGAAUCAUUUGAGACAUCUGUUCCUUGGGAUAGGGUUUUAGACCUCUGUAGGAAUGUUAAAGAAAGGAUAGUAAGAGAAUGUAAAGAAAAAGGUGUUCAGUUUGCUCCUUUUUCCACCUGCAGGGUGACGCAGACUUACGAUGCAGGUGCAUGUGUCUACUUCUACUUUGCCUUUAACUACAGGGGAAUUAGUGAUCCUAUUCACGUCUAUGAACAAAUAGAGAGGGCGGCUAGAGAAGAAAUCCUUGCUAAUGGAGGAAGUCUGUCACAUCACCAUGGAGUAGGCAAAUUGCGGAAGCGCUGGAUGAAGGAGAGCAUCUCUGAUGUUGGCUUGGGAAUGCUGAGAUCUGUUAAAGAAUAUGUGGACCCCAAUAACAUCUUUGGAAACAAAAACCUUUUAUAAAGCGCCGUACUACAUGAUAUACUAAAACUUAAAAAUUGCCGUUGAAAUUCCUUCAUUUUCAUUGUACUGAUAUCCCAGUAAUCAAAUAUAACAUAGACUAAACUUUAAGACUACUAUAUUAAUUACUGUGUCUUUUCCCUUCCAAUAAAGUGGAAUGAAUGCUUUCA